AUGUACAAAUAGAUUGUGUAAGGGGUCAGUUGUGAGGACAUCAGGAACAUGGCAGAUUAUUUAAAAUCGUACUGAAGAUGAUGCUUUGUCUGACGAAAGUGAUUCUAAACUAUAGGAAAACAAUUCAAGACAGACAAGAGCUGUGGCGGUGGGUAGAGGACUCCUACAGAUGUGAGAUGGCUCCUUCUGCUGCAAGAAAGGCCCUCAACAACCGGGUAAAUGUGGCUGCAGGGAAGCCUCAUCCUUUCUCAGAAUGGCCCUACUUGCCUGAUCUCAUGGCUGGCCCUUCAGGAUCACUGAUGGGCUGCCAGCCGCCUCGUCCACCGGGGUGUCAUCUGGGAACUCAACCACUCCCUCCAUCUGGAGGUUUUCUGGGACCUCAACAAACUCCUUCACUGGAGUGUCCUCUGGGAACUCAACCACCUCCUACACUAGAGAGUUCCCUGAAAACUCAACCACCUCCUCCACUCAAUUGUUCUCCAGGGCCUCUUCCAGCUCCUGCAGCUGUCAGUCCUCCAGGACUUCAUCCACCUGCAGCUGUCAGUGCUCCAGGACCUCAUCCACCUGCAGCUGUCAGUCCUCCGGGACCUCAUCCACCUCCUGCAGCUGUCAGUCCUCCGGGACUCAUCCACCUGCAGCUGUCAGUCCUCCGGGACCUCAUCCACCUCCUGCAGCUGUCAGUCCUCCGGGACCUCAUCCACCUCCUGCAGCUGUCAGUCCUUCGGGACCUCAUCCACCUGCAGCUGUCAGUGCUCCAGGACCUCAUCCACCUGCAGCUGUCAGUCCUCUGGGACCUCAUCCACCUCCUGCAGCUGUCAGUCCUCCAGGACCUCAUCCACCUGCAGCGGUCAGUCCUCUGGGACCUCAUCCACCUCCUGCAGCUGUCAGUCCUCCAGGACCUCAUCCACCUGCAGCUGUCAGUCCUCCGGGACAUCAUCCACCUGCAGCUGUCAGUCCUCCAGGACCUCAUCCACUUCCUGCAACUGUCAGUCCUCCUGGACACCAUCUACCUGCAGCUGUCAGUCCUUUGGAACCUCAUCCACCUCCUGCAGCUGUCCGUCCUCCCAGACAUCAUCCGCCUCCUGCAGCUGUCAGUCCUCCCAGACAUCAUCCACCUGUGGUUGUCAGUCCUCCGGGACCUCAUUCACCUCCUGCAGCUGUCAGUCCUCCUGGUCCUCAUCUACCUGCAGCUGUCAGUCCUCUGGGACCUCAUCCACCUCCUGCAGCUGUUGGUCCUCUGGGACCUCAUCCACCUCCUGUGGCUGUAG